AUGAGAACCGCUGGCAGGGCAGCACUUCCCAGGCCCAGGGCUCUGAGGGGUCAACUCAACAUCAACUCCAACAUGCCAGACAUUUACAUACCACUCAGUGAGUAAUAACCAGCCUUAUUGGUCUAUACCCUUUAUUUAGAAGAUUAUUUUUACACUGACUGAAAGAUGUGGUACUGGAAUCCAUUAUUGGAAAAUGUCCUUCUGAUAUCUGUUGGACUGGUGCAUGAGAAUCUUGAUGUGAGCAAAACAAGGUCAUAAAAGAGAUCUUCUGCAGACUGAGUUCUUGAGAACAUUUUUGAUAGAUGCUGGUAUCAAAUCAAACCAGAUGUAGAGUUUCUUUCCAAAGCAAUGUAUUCCCAGCUGAAUUUUUCCCCACACACUUCUAUCAUGCCCAGCCCAAGGUUCCUCCUUUGACACUGUAGUGGAGGCAGGCCAAGGAGAGCUCUGCUAUUGACAAGCAAAACAUAGCCAGUGUGUUUGUAUGGAGGACUAAAAGUGCCACAAUUAAAUAAAUAAAUACACCAUUAAAUAAUUACUUAAAUGUGUCAUUAAUUAAUUCAAAUUAGAAUUAAAUACAUAAAUGUGUAAUUAAAUGUAUCAUUAAUUAAUUCAAAUACCGAUUCAUUUUAUGUAAAAUACAUAUAUAAUUAUUUCACUAUUUACAUUUACAUUUCAUGAUCCUGCAUUGCAGUGAUUCAUGAAUUACUUAAAACUGUCAAACUGACCCAUCAAAGUCAGUGGGCGGGGCUAACGCGAAUCUAGUCUGAUCCAUUGCUUUGGUCUGAAGUAGAGUAGGCCAACCUGGAUAGAGACAAUGGAGGAUCUCCGUGAACUUUCCAGGGAGUUGGUUAGAGACAUUUUAAACUUAGCAGAGGAUGUAGAAGCAGGACCUGCUGACAUUAUCCGGAAUUGAUUUGUCUUGGCUUGAUGCAGAGGGUAACCAAUCAGGCGUUAGGUUCCGCCUACCAACUUUUGAUGGGUCAGUUUGACAGUUUUAAGUAAUUCAGGAAGCACUCCAACGCAGGACCAUGAAAUGUAAAUGUAAAUAGUGAAAUUAUUAUAUAUGUAUUUUACAUAAAAUGAAUCGGUAUUUGAAUUAAUUAAUGACACAUUUAAUAACACAUUUAUGUAUUUAAUUCUAAUUUUAAUUAAUUAAUGACACAUUUAAGUAAUUAUUUAAUGGUGUAUUUAUUUAUUUAAUUGUGGCACUUUUAGUCCUCCAUAUGUUUGUAGUAUCAAAGAGCUGCAUAGGAUCUGUCAUGUUAAUUAAUACCGUAUCUUGCCAUGUAGGUGUUGCUGUCAAUUAGGAAUCUUCACCUUAAUCCACCCAAAUCCUUUGAUACCAGCAAAGGAAAAAGCCCUCAGGUAAGAGAGAAACAUAAAAUGUUGAGGGUGAAUAAAUAUUGGACCCCGUGAGAAUGAUUGUCACAUGCAUUUAGAACCCAGGUCGUCUGUGUGAAUCUUGACUGCAUAAACCCACUGAGCAUGAGCUCUGAGUGCUAUCAUGAGUCUCAAGGUCUUAGGCAAGGUUACUCUUCAUGCAUAAUUCUUGAACUUAUUCAGACAUUAGGGAAAUGUAUACUGAACAAAAAUAUAAACGCAACAUGUAAAGUGUUGGUCCCAUGUUUCAUGAGCUGAUCUAAAAGAUCCCAGUAUUUUUCUCUCAAAUUUUGUGCACACAUUUGUUUACAUCCCUGUUAGUGAGCGUCUUUCCUUUGCCAAGAUAAUCAAUCCACCUGACAUGUGUGGCAUAUCAAGAAGAUGAUUAAACAGCAUGAUCAUUACACAGGUGCACCUUGUGCUGGGGACAAUAAAAGGCCACUCUAAAAUGUGCAGUUUUGUCACACAACACAAUGCCAUAGAGGUCUCCAGUUUUGAGGGAGCUUGCAAUUGGUAUGCUGACUACAGUAAUGUCCACCAGAGCUGUUGCCAGAGAAUUGAAUGUUCAUUUAUCUACCAUAAACCGCCUCCAACAUCGUUUUAGAGAAUUUGGCAGUAGUUCCAACCGGCCUCACAACCGCAGACCACGUGUAACCACACCAGCUCAGAACCUACACAUCACCUGGCUUCUUCACCUGCGGGAUGUUCUGAGACCAGCUGUUGAAACGGAGGAGUAUUUCUGUCUGUAAUAAAGCCCUUUUGUGUGGAAAAACUCAAUCUGAUUGGCUGGGCCUGGCUCCCCAGUGGGUGGGCCUGGCUCCCAAGUCAUGUGCAAUCCAUAGAUUUCGGCCUCAUUUAUUUAUUUCAGUUGACUGAUUUCCUUAAAUGAACUGUACCUCAGUAAAAUCAUUCAAAUUGUUGCAUGUUGCGUUUAUAUUUUUGUUCAGUAUAUUAGCAGAAUGCAUUAUGGUGGCCUGCACAACCAUUGAAAGUGAAAUUCCAACAGUGUGUGGGGUAUUAUCAAAACAAUAGACUAUCAUGACAGAGGAAUAACUUUUUAUCCAUCCAAUUUAUCCUCAAAUCAGAGUGUAUUAUCUGUCUCCACUGUAAUAGCUUGUUUAUAAGCAUUGAUACUUCUCCAAAUAGAGGAUGUGACGACAGAAACUGGCAGUAAGCCUGUGUUGUAUUAUAUACUUGUCAUGCAGGAUGUUUUUCACAGGAUUAAGUACAGUGUAUACUGUAAACAAACAAGCUCUUUUGGCUCUGAUAGUAGCCUCUGCUAACAGUUCACUCAUGUAUAUCAAAAUAUGUAUCUGUACAGUUAUCAUACAGCAAAUAGAGAUAUUUGAUACCAGUUAAGAUAGCAAUGUGUUUAUGUAUGGGUGAAUGGACCAGAGGUAUCCCAUAGAAAACUGUUUUACUUCUCAAGCAAAGGAGGGAUUGAGAGUCUGAGGUGUUGCUGAUGAGGAGUUAGCUUUUAAGUGUGUUCUAUUGUUUCUGCUCGUAAAGCCAUCCCAUUGAGACACCACCUCCUUAUAAUGUAUUAUCUGGACACAUGGCUUUCACUUGGUUCCACUUCAUAGGACAGAGUAUUACUUUUCCCUGGUCCUGGAAUGAGCUUAGCACAUUGUUAAUUGUGAGCUGCAGUGCUGACUGUACUGUACGUUGGAUGGCAGGGGAUUCACAUUUUUGUCCGAUGACCAUGUAGAACAGCUCUCCUUUCGAACCCGUUUCCUUGUAUAGUUUGAAUGGGUCAACCGGAACAGUAGUUCAUUAAGUUGCUAUAAUUGGGUGCGGUCACCCGUGACCACGGUUUGGAAACAUAGGGGUUAAAGGCAAAUUCACAGCCAGCAUCAACAUGGUCCCACCAUUGAAUGAAGCCAUUAUGAUAGCCGGCACCUUUGGACACAAAGGCCAUGAUGAGACACAUAUGUCACACAGUAUACAUAUUAUACAAUGAAAGCCAGUAAGAAAACGAUGGCAUUUAGGAUGCAUGCUCAACCAAGCAUGACCUUGAUUCAUCCACUCAAAUUAGGCAACUCUGCAAUCCAAGAAGAACAAUGCCAUUGACCUUCACAGUAUAUUUUAUUUACUUGAUAGAGCAAGAAACAGGCCAUUUUACGUAGUGAGACUUUCAGUUACACACACACACACACAGACACACACACACACACACACACACACACACACUCUUUUCACCCUGACCCUUUACAUUGUAUUUGGUCUUUCACCAAAUGACUGAGUGGGGCAGUUGGAUAACUUUGACCUUUGUGUUGGUUUAAAGGGUGACAAAUGAUUAUCCUGUGUAAAAAUGAAUUGGUUGCGGUUGUCAAGCCUAUGGCACUUGCAGUAAUGACAGUGAUAGCCCUUACCUAGUCUGGUCUCUACAAUCUGGGCGCAUGUUACAGCAUGCUUCCUCUGUAGUCAUGGAGAAUUGUCAUGGUCCAUAUUUCAGCAGUGAGAGAAUGGUAGUGACCACCCAGGAGAGAAAGACUCAAAGACUAUACAGUAGGAGGAGAACAUAUCUUAUAGAUGAUGAUGAAAGUCUGAAAAACCUUAGGAACUAGGACAGAUUUAUUAGUUAAUAAAACUUUUCAAAAUGUAUAUAUACUGUACACUUAGCGUACAAAACAUUAAGGACACCUGCUCUUUCCAUGACAUAGUCUGACCAGGUGAAUCACUGUUUAAAUCCACUUCAAUCAGUGUAGAUGAAGGGGAGGCGACAGGUUAAAGAAGGAUUUUUAAGCCUUGAGACACUUGAGACAUGGAUUGUGUCUGUGUGUCAUUCAGAGGGAGAAAGGGAAAGACAAAAUAUUGAAGUGCCUUUGAACAGGGUAUGGUAGUAGGUGCCAGGCGCACCGGUUUGUGUCAAGAACUGCAACGCUGCUGGGUUUUUCACGCUCAACAGUUUCCCGUGUGUAUCAAGAAUAGUCCACCACCUAAAGGACAUCCAGCCAACUUGACACAACUGUGGGAAGCAUUGGAGUCAACAUGGGCCAGCAUCCCUGUGGAACGCUUUCAACACCUUGUAGAGUCCAUGCCCUGACUAAUUGAGGCUGUUCUGAGGUGGGGGGGUGCAAAUCAAUAUUAGGAAGUUGUUCUUAAUGUUUUGUACACUCAGUGUAUGUCUGUCUCUGUCUCUCUCUCGGUUCUAUUUCCAUUAGAGAGAGUGAGAGAGGCAGUAGGGGGCGCAACAAGUUGUUUUCUUCUCUGUCGUUCCCAUGGCUUUCAUUCUCUCUGAGUAGAAGUGCGUUUCAGGACGCCAGAGAAAGAGAGUGUGAGAGAAAGAGAGAGAGAGUGAACGGAAUAUGUCAUGUUGAUUAGUGACCAGCGCGUGUACAGAACGUUUGGGAUAUUUGGAGCGGUUUUAAAAUUGAUUAAUUGAUGCGGUGGUAGUAAUCUUUUUACACCUGGAUUGAACUCGUCGAUGCGCUCGGAUUAUGAGGAUAACUGGUGCGCAUGUUUAUGAAUCUCAAGGCGCCACAAUUUACCGUUGAGAAGCAGCAAUACUGCACUGGAGAAAACAUCGAGGUAGCAAACACAAGCACAGUCAUCCAAGGUAGGAACAGAGCAAUUUACGUUUUAUGGAAGUGUAAUAAUAUAGGCCUAAUAAUAAUCAUAAUAGCCUAAUCAUAAUCAUAAUCAUAUAAUACAUUAGCAAACAUUAUAAAGCAAUUGAUGAAAUGAUUGCAAUUUUAGUAGUUUACACAAUUAUGCUUAUAAUGUUUUUGUUUGUCGACUAAUUUCUUUCAAAUACAAUUAAAAUGGUAGCCUACAUGUUAUGUUUCUCAUAAAUUGCUAAAUUUGUCUCCCUACGGCUCGCUACCAUGUAUAACUGCCUUAAUUUAGCUGGACCCCAGGAAGAGUAGCUGCUGCCAAGGGGAUCCAUAAUAAAUACAAAUACAACUACUGCGCGCUCACACUUCAAGUCCAAAUCCCUCAGCCUGGACGAGAGCCUCCUGUCCCGUUCCUGUCGUGCCUGACAGAAGGUCGAUCUUUCUGCACUGGGUGCAGCCAGCAUUCUAUUUGUUGAUAGCACAGAUAUAGACAUGCCUGCAAUUAUGAUGUUGUUCACCAUAACUAAAUAAUAUUUGUAAUAGCCCAGCCUCAUAAUACGUUUUAAAGAAGUUUGAAGUGAUAGGCCUACAUGUUUUUGGAUAAAUUCAAUUCUAGGCUAUUGUGCAAAUAAAGUAAAUAGAUAUUGUGAAUAUUAUUUAUUUAAUGACAAUGGAACUUUCCAAACCUCACAUGGAGUGGAAUUGCACCAGUGUGAGACAAACAAAACAGAUAGGUCUAUGUUUAAGUGGAAGUGAUCUUUGAACCCCCACAUUCAUCAUACCAAGUGAGGUUUAUUUUGAGAGAUACAUCACAGAUUAGUUUUUACUAGGAGCACAGUGGUAAAAGUGUCACUGCAGUCCAGCCAUCUCAAAAUUGAGUUUCAGUGGGGGGCCACUCAUUAGGACCAGGGUUAGGGUCAAGGGUCAACACACAUGGUCAAGUGGACAGAAGCCAUGUUCCCCUGAGUCAGGACCAUGAGUCAGGACCUUCAGACAAACUGAGACACUAAAGAGCAGACUAGACACUGCAUGUGGUCUUGAGGAGACAGCUUUGUGUUAAAUAUGAUAUUACUGCUUUAUUGCUGUGUUAUUAAUGUCAUUAUGUCUGCAAAUACAAUAUAUCCCUUUUUUAGGUACUGUAGCCCUCAAAAUCUAGGAGAUAUGAGGGAACUCUGUAUCUGGUUUCUGAGGUGAGAUAUCACUUGUCACUUAUUACAAUCUGAUCAUCUUGGUGUUCACUGAACAGACUCAUCUAAAACAUGUUGUAUCACACUGCAGCUGCUGGUCAUGCACUCUGCAUGACUCAAUUUCAUAGUUUUGUUUUGAUUGUCUCCAUUUUAGAUUACAAUCAUUUUUCUCUGUAAAAAAAUGCUGUUAAAUGUAUUAUAGCUCAGUAUGCUAUCUGUCACACACAGAGUUUCCAUGCUUCUUCUGCUGCUGCUCAGGCCAAAUCCCCUGGAUUGCCAUCUUACUACAGACCACAGGAAGGUGAGUAGGGUGGCUGGGGGACAGCAGAGGGGAGCAGGGAGGGGGUUGAGUGCUGAGUGCGGGGGCACGGUAUCUGUGUUUUAAAAUGUGUGUGGUCUGUUUGACAUCCCCAAGCCCAGGGUGACAUACCUCCCUGGUGUGUUUGCAGCCUGAGAAUCCAUUUAUCUCUCACCUUUAUCAUCAUCUCACGCCGGUUGGCACAGACUCACAGAAUCUGAACUGCCAAAGAAAGCAUGAUCGUGUCUUCCGAUCGUAACCGUAGCCAAUUAGCACCCUCCAGUUCACAGAGGAUGCAUAUCCUUUCAAUUGCACAGGGGACGUUUAUAGUGUCUGCUGCCAUGAUGUUAUUGUUCAACCACAAAGCCAUUAAAUACAACACUAGUCUAUCCUGGCCCAUGUAAACAUGCAAUCAGUCAUUGAGGAAGGAUGCCCCCAGGGGAAUCUGACUUGGGUGUAAAUCUGUUCACUCACAGGAGAGCAGCGGUGAAAAGACAUUCGGGACCACAUAGAGGAUCAUGCCUGCUGUCAGCAAUACAUCCCCUUCAACCUCAGUGCUAUGAGAAAUGAAGAGUGGCUUAGGGGAGGGAGGAAGGGAGGGAGGGAGGCUUAGGGUCGGGGAGGGAGGGAGAGGGAGAGAGAGAGAGAGAGAGAGAGAGAGAGAGAGAGAGAGAGAGAGAGAGAUAAUUAAUGAUGGACCAAGAUUUAUAACUGUACUUUGUGGAGAUUGUCGAUGGACAGGCUAACUGUCCAAUCACAGACAACUGUCUGACAGGGCAUUCCUCUCUUGGAGAGAGUUUGUCUCUGUUGGCCCUGUGCGUUUCCAGGAGUCCAGCUGUUUGACCCAUGGCUGACCCUGGAGAUGACAGUGGAGUACAGUUACAAAGGCUGCAGCGAGGAGGGGGCCAUGGUCUGAGUGAUCUCUGAAUAGCCCCAUGUCGUUGACUGACAGGAGGAUGGCUAUCUGCCAACUCUCCCUACUAUCCCUACCGUUUGGGUAUUCUCUUACAGUCUUCUAAAGGCCAAUGGGAGGCUGAGCCUUUACCAUGUGCAUGUGUAAGCUCACAGAGGACAGGAUGAAUGUAGACAAAGUGGCUCUUAAAGAGCUGGAUUUCCUUCUUUGCGGCUCCUCGGGCAUAGCUGGCUGGCGCAGGGCAGGGUUGGCUGGCACAGGGUCCUGAGACAGAGAGUGCAGUGAAAGCCACUAAGGCGCUAAUACGUCUCUGGCAGCGUUACACAGAGGGCUAGAGUCAACAGAGGGAUACGCAGGUAGUCAGUACGGGAUGGGAGAGUAACAGACAACCUCUAAUCAGACAAAUCUGGGCUUUAUCCAACUUGAACAGAGGCUCAUCUCAUACACAGCAAGGGAGAGAGAAAACCGUUGUUGAUGAAUGAUUUCUGGAAAGCCCCCUAAUGUAAUGAUGUUAUUUUGUUGCUUCUCUACUCUGCUCUCAAGUGGUGUCUGUGCCAUGUUAUCCAUGCUGUGGGUGGUGUAGGGCUUGAACCCAGCAUGUUGUGUCUUCCUGCAGGUUCCUCAAAGGGCAGAGCCCCAGCAGCAGGAGGCUGGAGGAGGGCAGGGUGGGGCCCCGGGCUCCUGGGGCUCCUGGGGGCCCUGGUCCUCCUGCUCCCGCUCCUGUGGGGGAGGGGUUCAGGAACAGACGCGACCCUGCCUACCCUCCUACACCCCUUUCAUGGGUGCAGCUGCCUACCCCUCCAGGCCGGGUGGCCACCACCCCCAGCACCCCAACCAGAACCCUGGCCAUGUAGUGUCUGCCCUAAGACCCACUGUCCCGCUGCACCGCACCAACCCUGGGAGACCCCCACCCUACAAUAGCAGCACCAGCCUGGCCAGCCGUCGGGAGCUGAGGAACCAGCAGAGAGACAGAGAGGCCCAGGCCCAGGCUGGACGCAGGUACUGUAUCUAUCACACCAUACAGAAAGGGGCCUGUCUGUGUCUUUCAGUCUGGCCUGUGUUUAAUGCCCUGCAUGCUGAGCAGCCCAGUCUAAAAGUGUCUCUGUGGAGCUCCAGCCCACCCCAAGGUCCAUUUGGACUCCCCUUCAGUGUAAAGCUAUUCUUUUAUGGAUGGAGUCAAUGGCUCGGCUUGUGCUUGGCGGGUUUGUGGCCUCCUUCCUGUGUGCUUGAGUUAAAAAGCUUUUAAAUAAAUAGAGCUGACACUUGAGUAAUGGGGGGCUGUUGACGUAGGAAUCCAAGCCACCAAACAAAAGCGGUCUCCGCUCGGCGCUUGCUUGCUGCCACUAAUAUCCAUCCGCUUCUCAGAAGUAAUUUGCACUUGUGUUGUUUGUCUUUGACAUUUUGUUUGACAGUCUUUGAUAGUCCAGUCAACACAUUUUGAAUGUAAACAAGUGCCGUAAGUGGAGGCCAUUUUACACAGACAAUUUCCCCCUUUACCCGUGUGUGUGUGUGUGUGUGUGUUUUCAGGAGGGGCAGUGACAGUCCCGUCAUUCCAGGGAAGUAUGGCUAUGGGAGGAUGCCUUACGUUGUGUCUCUCCAGACAGACACAGGCCAGACGUCUGGGACUGGGACAGAGACAGGAACUGGUCGCUCCCACAGACAGAGACGCUCCCCGCUCUCUGACCCCAGCCCGUCAGCCACCAGGCACGGAGGCCACAGGCCAAACCCCUACCGUCCACCUUACAGCAACCCACAUCUCCACAGCUACAGCCCAGUCCAUCACCAGCCCCCAGCCUCCCAGCCCAGGGUUAACCCUAACCCUAACUCAAACCCUAACCUAGCCCCCCAGCCCAGGUCUAACUCUAAUUCUAACCCACCCUGGUCCUCCUCACUCUACCAGCCCAGCCAGGGGCACCAACCUAGGCAGGAGCAGCAACACUCACCCAGCCGGGCCUCAGCAGCUCAGCAACCCUUUGGACGGCCCUACAACCCCCUGUCCACCUCCUCCUGUGUGGGAGAGCACAACCAGUACAAGAUUUGCAACACCAAUGUAAGAAUGGCUUAGCAAGGAGGUGGCUAUUUAUCAUGUAGAAGUGAUUGUUGUCAUCACUUAUGAUCAUUUAUGAAUUAAUCCCUCACUGUUACCCACAGCUAAACAGCUAAAUGAAUCAUGAAGUGUAAAAAAUGGAGGCUAGUAAAGAUGAGGUCUGUUGAGACAGAAAUAGUGGAGAUGUUCGUGAUCGUAGACUGGAAUUUACCUUGGGGGAGAAUGUGGCCAUGUCUGAACUUAGUAGGCCGGGGGACACAUAUUCACUCUAUUUCUAUCUGUCUAUAUGUCUGUCCAGGCCUGUCCUCCAGCCAGUAGACACAUCAGAGCGGUGCAGUGUUCUUCCUACAACAGCCAUCCCUUCAUGGGUCGACUGUACGAGUGGGAGCCUUUCAAUGAAGGUAUGGGUGGGUCUCGUCAUGUUUUUCAUAUUGCCUUGGUGUUGGACAAUAUUAUCCAAGCUGUGAGGUGAUGUAAGCACCAUAGUAUGUCACCUGUCUCUGCCAUUUUGAUGAAUGUCCAGGUCUUAUUGAGCUGCCAGAGAGCUGUUUGGGGAUUUUUACAUUUACAUUUUUAGUCAUUUAGCAGACGCUCUUAUCCAGAGCGACUUACAGUUAGUGAGUGCAUACAUUUUCAUACUGGAUCUAGGUGUCUUAAGUAUCCAAGCAACAGUCAAAACACCUCAAGGAUAGAUCAUUACUUUUAGGACACUAAUUAACAUUUUAUGUUUUUCUUCUCUCUGUUGGAGUGAAUUGCAUUUACUACAGACGUAUGACUAGAUUAAAGCUAAAAUAACUUCACUUUAGUUGAUGUCAAGUUUGCUUGAUACCUAUCUCAAACACAUGAACAUGCAAUUACAACACUUUUAGCAAUAGCUGUCCUUGUAACCUCAUUGGCUAAUGCACAAAACAUCUGAGUGAAGUCCCAGUGCAGGUGGAUUACAAACCUGACGUUACAUUCACCCCACUGACUGCCAACUCCCAGUCGUUUCCAGGUCUGGAGGGCAUCUGCCUCCCUCCCACACAAGAGACACCACCCAGAGAUCUGUGGUUCUAAUUGGCACUAAUGGAUCACCAGAGAGGAGCAAAGAACCUAUUAACUUCCCUUGAUCCCUUGGAUUUAUUAGGAAUUUGGUUAGCUUUCCUUGAAUCCCUAGUUGUUGCUUGGCAUUACCUUUCACCACACAGCAUUACUGUAGAAGGCACACAGCAAACAUUGAUUUACUCAUCACUGAUAAUCACAGGGUAAUUGCGAGGACGUGCCAGGAUUUAGUCCACUCUUCGCAUCAGUUGCUAGAUGGCAGCAUGGCUCAAUGGAAGAAAACAACAAUUACUGCACCACGCCACAAUUCUAAUGCAGCAGUCUACCCAGUUUGUCCACCUACAUUGAACAAUUUACAUUUACAGCCCUGCCAGGCACCCUACCAGAGAGAGAUAAUGUUUUGUACUAUUAAACCACAUCAAAUAAUUCAUUUCUGUGUCUCCUCUGUCUCAGUUUCUGAGGACCACCAUUGUGAGCUCAACUGUCGCGCGAUCGGUUUCCGCUUCUACGUGCGUCAGUCGGACAGGGUCAUCGAUGGGACGCCGUGUGGCCAGAAUGAGACUUCCAUCUGUGUGGAGGGGAGGUGUCAGGUAGGACACUUAACUCAUUUACCAGUGGCCUGGCCAGGCCCGUGGACUCCUCCCAAACCACUCAGAAUAGAACAGAACAGUGACAGGAUGGAUGGAAUCAGAGGAAAGAAAAUCUAA